UCCCACGCUCUGAACCAGAGCAACCGGCUCCUUACACGUGUUCGGCUUAAAUCCAUUUUUCGAAUGAGAUUACACUUCUAACCUUGUCUCCCUCUCCCGCUUAUACCACCACCACUCUCACACAAGUCUCUCAAGUCACAAACUCUGUUUCAAACCAAAAGGGAACUUUGUGUGUGUUGUCGAGUUUUAUGGUGACUGUAAACCCUAGCCAAGCUCAUUGUUUGCCUAUGAAAAUGAGUCUACCGGGUUUCAAUACUCUUCCCCACACGGCAACAACGAUACCGGUUUCCAUACGGAGCAAUAGGACGAUGUCGUUUUUUGAGGAUCCAACAAAGAAGGUUAGAAAGCCUUACACUAUCACCAAAUCUAGAGAGAACUGGACGGAGCAAGAACACGACAAGUUCCUUGAAGCCCUUCAUCUAUUUGACCGGGAUUGGAAGAAAAUAAAGGCCUUUGUUGGAUCAAAAACAGUGAUACAGAUACGAAGCCACGCACAGAAGUACUUUCUCAAAGUUCAGAAGAAUGGGACUAAAGAACAUCUCCCACCUCCUCGACCAAAGAGGAAAGCCAAUCACCCAUAUCCACAAAAAGCUCCUAAAUUUACUCUUUCUUCUUCAAACGCAUUAUUUCAACAUGACUACUUAUACAACACUAAUUCACAUCCGGUGAUUAGCACCACCCGUAAGCAUGGAUUAGUGCAUUGCGAUGUUAGUAUACCAAGUUCUGUUAUCAAAGAGGAAUUUGGUGUCUCAGAGAACUGUUGCAGCACUAGUAGUAGUAGAGAUAAGCAGAGGACUAGAAUCGUUACAGAGACAAAUGACCAAGAAAGUUGUGGAAAGCCACAUAGAGUGGCGCCAAAUUUCGCUGAAGUUUACAAUUUUAUAGGAAGUGUGUUUGAUCCUAAAACAACAGGUCAUGUCAAGAGAUUAAAGGAAAUGGAUCCAAUAAAUCUUGAGACGGUAUGAAAACCAAUAACUCUGCACAUGAACAUGUCUUGAUUUGAAAACUAACGUUUACACGGUUUUUUGUUCAACAGGUUCUCUUACUGAUGAAAAAUUUAUCUGUAAACCUGACGAGUCCCGAGUUUGAUGAACAAGUAAGAGCUAGUCGACUCUUUGUUACAUUUUGACUCUUGAGAAUAUUGAAGAGUAAACAAAUUUUCUCUGUUUAUUACAGCGGAAGUUGAUAUCAUCUUACAACGCCAGUUAGAACUAAACGAUAGAGAGAAGUCUCUAAUGGUAGUCUCAUGGGAUAUGAAUGAAUGAACCGGUUGUACAUAUAAGUCUCAAUAGUUUAGAACGUCUUAGAAGACAGAUAAAGCCUGUGUAGAAAGUCACUAGCUUUUUUGUAAUAUUCAGUUGUUGCUUAGGUUUUUAUACGGAAUGGACUAAUGACAUAACUAGUUUUGAAAAUUACUUCAGAUAAAGCCUGUGUAGAAAGUCACUAGCUUUUUUGUAAUAUUCAGUUGUUGCUUAGGUUUUUAUACGGAAUGGACUAAUGACAUAA